CACCAGUGCUACAUAAUUUAUUUGAUGAGCUUGAAUACAACGAAUUGAUGCUUCAACAAUCUGCGUGAAAUUCGGUCUCUAUCCACAUUCAACAAUCGAACAGUUCUCGACACCGCACAAAGAUCGCCAUGGCAUUCCCAUCGCGGCCAUACACCUCCGGCCUGACGCGUGGGACGGGCGGCGCAGGACAAGGCCAAACAUUUCAAGCAACACCAUACGGCUCGCAACCGGCUUUCGCGGGCGCACAGCAAAGUGCUGGGGCAUUCGGCGCAUUGGGAGGCGCGACGGCGGCGUCAGCACAGCAGCGAGAGGCACAGCGGCUCCAGCGCGAGCAAAAGGAGCGGGCGGAGCGGGAACAGCAGGAGGUGGAUGAUCGUCAAGUGCUGGAUCAACUGAGCGAGGAGCAGAGGGAAGAGUUGAACGAGGCUUUCACUCUGUUUGAUCUUGACAAGGAUUCAUACAUUGACUACCAUGAGCUCAAAAUUGCAGUAAGGGCACUUGGCUUCGAGAUAUCGAAAACAGAACUCCUCCACAUUGUCCAGACACAUGGUGUACCUGCGAGCAGCCUUCGACAACCUUCUUCCAAGGCGCCAAUCCCACAGCAACAGCAGAAACCCACCUUUUCUGGACCAAGCCGACUUUUACUUUCGCGAGCCACGUUCCUCAACCUAGCCGCACAGCGAAUGCUUGCACGGGACCCACGAGAAGAGAUCAUGCGAGCAUUUAGUUUGUUCGACGCGGACAACAAAGGUCGGAUAGAGCUGGCGGAUCUGCGGAGGGUAGCUCGUGAUCUCGGAGAAGGUAUACCGGAGGAGGAGAUGGCGGCUAUGAUCGAAGAGUUCGAUGUACUCGGCGAAGGAGGUGUGAAUGCCGAAGAAUUUGUGGGCAUCUGUCUAGGCGACUGAUGGCAGAACCCGACUCGAAGUUGGUACAGCACGGCUUACGCGGAAUUGCAAUUCGAUUGGACAGUACCGAGGUGUUUGUGGGUUGCGUACGAGGUCACGGCCUGUUUGAAAUUGAUACCCGUUUACUAGUUGCUUAUGCGUAGAGCAUGUUUCGCCGAACACUGGUUGAAUACUGCCUCCAGCAUUGGAGACUAUGAACGAGAC